UCACGACUUGCAGACGUGUGACUGGCCACGAAACGUUGGCUGCCCGGGAGGAGGAUCGUCCAAUAAAGAGGUCGAGGAAGAUCCCCUGUUAGAAAGAUCCGCAAAACUCGAGACGAUACAGGAACAGCAGCAGCAGCAACGACAGCAACAGUUACGAGAUCAGCAGCAACAGCAGCAGCAACAACGACCCAUUCAGAGGCAGCCGAUCACGGUUACGACCGUGUCGUCGCCGGUUUCGCAGAUCACCGAGAGGCAGCUGAGGCAACGACAGCACUCGAGGAAUUAUCACGAUGAUGAGUACGGUCCCGCCUCGGAGGUGGAGAACGAUCGGCAGCAACGAGUGUACCGUGGACAACCUUCGACGAUCGGCCAGGUGCAACGUGACCGUGAUGGCCUGCGACGGAAUAUAAUAUCGGAGAGGGAGAAGGAUAGCCUGGUGAGCGCACGUGCCCAAGCGGAGUCUCAUUACAGAACGCCCGUCCCGACCACCGAAGCGCCGAGGCUUGCUAAAACUCUGGCCUCGACCGUGGCGCCCGUCUUAUCCAAAGCUUACUACAGCGAUCCAGAUCAAAGCUAUCCAUAUUACACGAUUUACGACGACGACGUUUCUAUUUACAAGGACGAUGAUUACAAUCAAUAUACCAUCAAUCAGACAGUGCAGCAACCAAACGUGAAAAUUAGCGAGGUAAACACGAAGCAAUAUCAGAAACCCAAGAAGGUCGCCGUGAAUGAGGCUGACAAGUAUAAUUUAAAUCACGACGUGCAAGAUUAUGAUAUUUACGAAAAUCAGGUAUCGUGCAAUUACGCGACAUCGCGACUCGAUUAAUUUAUUUGCGAGUGCAGAACGAACGUGCUCAGCCAUCCCGUGGUCCACGUAACAACGCCGAAUGUCAUCGUGGAUACUUUUAUACCGCUGACCACGAGCACACAGACCCCCAGCACGAGCAGCAGACCUUACACCGUCAAUGCACCGAGCCGAGGUCGGCCGCAGCAGAUCCACCGGGGCACUGCACCGCCGCGAUCGCGACCAACGUUAAAGCCGUCCACCGAGAUAGUCUCGAAGGCGCAGGAAUUCGUUGACAUCUAUCGGUAUCCCCCGGUGAGACCAGCGCCGAUCUACCCGACGCCUCAGGUGGACAAACCGGCGGCGAAAUGCCGCAGAGACGUCUGCUUGCUUCCGGAUUGCAGCUGCGGUGGCGCCGAUAUACCAGGUGGUAUUCCGAACGAGCAGACGCCGCAGAUCGUUCUGCUCACUUUCGACGACGCCGUAAACGAUCUUAACAAACCCCUGUACAGCGAACUGUUCGAAAACGGCCGUAAGAAUCCAAACGGCUGCCCGAUCACGGCGACUUUUUACGUCUCGCACGAAUGGACAGACUAUAGCCAGGUGCAAAAUCUCUAUGCGGACGGCCACGAAAUGGCGUCUCACACCGUCUCGCACAGUUUCGGUGAGCAAUUUUCGGCGCGAAAGUGGGCGCGAGAAGUUGCUGGGCAGCGCGAAAUUCUGUCGGCGUACGGUGGUGUCAAGUUGGAGGAUGUCAGAGGAAUGAGAGCCCCCUUCUUAUCGGUCGGAGGAAACAACAUGUUUAAAAUGCUCUGGGACACAAACUUUACGUAUGAUUCCUCUAUGCCCAUCUAUGAGAACCGACCACCCAGUUGGCCGUACACGUUGGAUUACAAACUCUUCCACGACUGUAUGAUACCGCCUUGUCCCACGAGAUCCUAUCCAGGAUUGUGGGAAGUUCCUAUGGUAAUGUGGCAAGAUCUCAAUGGAGGUAGAUGUUCCAUGGGAGAUGCCUGCAGUAACCCACCGACACCAGACGGCGUAUACAAGAUGCUCAUUAAGAACUUCGAGAGGCAUUAUACGACUAAUAGGGCGCCUUUCGGUCUGUUCUAUCAUGCUGCAUGGUUUACUCAGCCGCAUCACAAAGAAGGCUUUAUAUCAUUUCUUGACACCAUCGUCGCAAUGGAUGACGUAUGGAUAAUUACAAAUUGGCAGGCCAUACAAUGGAUCAGGAAUCCAACGCCUCUGGCACUUCUGCACACGUUUGAACCCUUUGGAUGCCAUUAUCCGGACCGACCUAAGAAGUGCAACAACCCAAAGGUCUGCAAUUUAUGGCACAAAAGCGGCGUGAGAUACAUGAAAACCUGUCAGGCGUGCCCGGACAUUUAUCCUUGGACAGGCAAAACCGGCAUACGUAGCAGUCGUAUCGAUAACGAAGUUGACGCCCAUGAAUGAUACUUUAUACGAAGGGAAGCUUCAAACAUCGUUGCUACCGGAAAAUCUUAUCUAAAGAGCAACGGAUCCAGAUAAUGCGACUGCCCAAAAGACGCGAUCAAGACAUUUAAAUAAGGACUUAAUUCUUAUCUGACGUAGCACGAGUGGUCUUUUGUAGAUCUAGAUAUAUGAAGGUCUCCUUCAUCUUUUGCGUAUCUAAAGAACAUAUAUAUAUAUAUAUAUUUUUUUUCUUUGGGAACACCUUUUUAAAUGCCUCUGAAAGGCGUAUCGAGCAUUCUUUGGGCAUUCGCAUCGUUUGAGAAACAUUGUGACAGCGCGCGAGGGGAGACAUUCUUCUCUGUUCGAGUAGGUAACUUCAAGUAUUACACGCGCGUGUCCUUAAACGGGCACAUUUUUGGGCCGAGUACGCCGAUGCAAGUUUUAUGCUGAGGAGGAUCUCGCAAAAUUCCAGCCGGAUAAGAUUAGAUUUCGCGCCAGUUGUUACACUGGGCCUCUUAACGACUCGAGAUUUUUAUUAUUUAAUAGAUAUUUAAUAUUGUUAUAUUUGUCAACUGCAAGUUUAUAAUCGAACAGAUCAUUAGUUUGGAGCGAGCGUUAGCUUUGUCCCGAGAAAGAAAAAAAAA